AUGGCCAGUCGGCCACCCGGUUCCCAGGCUGACGACCAGGACCAGCAGCCCAGCUCCUCAGGGCGCCCCCCGGACGUGACCGUCUAUGAAGACAGCCCAGGACCGGCCGGUGAGGGAGCUGGCGCCAGAAGGCAGUUCACAGGCUCCACCGCCCCCUCGGCCGCUUGCAGCUCCCCGCCUCAGCGCCCCGGCCGUAAGAGGAAGAGGCCAGCGGCGUUCCGAGCGGAGGUGGACGGCGCCCCGGCCGCUGAGGCCCAGGACGCCUGGGUCGUGGAGUCGCUGAGCGGGCUCAAGAUGAAGCUGAAGCGACAGCGGGUGUUUUCAGUGCUGCCUGAGCACCACGAGGUCUUCAACAGGCUGCUCGAGGAUCCCGUCGUGAAGAAAUUCCUGGCCUGGGACAAAAAGCUGGAAGUCUCUGACAAGGGAGGGACGUGUGUGCACGGAGAAGAAGGUGAAGGGAACGGGGGUCUGGACUGCGUCCUCGCGGUCGAGGUGUGCGGGGCCCCUUCCGAAGGUCCUGCCUGGCCGCGGCUCCCUGACGGCCGGGCGGCUCUCGGGGACGCCGGGCAGGGCCGGCUGGGUCGCGUGGGGCGCUCAGCCGGCCUCCGUCCUGGGAAGCGGGUCCCGAGUGGAGGCCCUUCCUGUCCCGACGACAGGGACCUGCUGUCUUUCCGCAGCUACGUGGCCAGCGACAUGGAGGAGGACAACCAGGCCCCCAAACAGGCCAUCUUUUCGUUCCUCUAUGGAAAGAACCGCUCCCAGCGUCCCCUGUUCCACAGACUGCGUCUGCAGUUCAUCCGUUCCAUGGGCUGGAGGACGAGGGUCACUCGGGAAGAGUGCGAGCAGGUGGGGGGCCUGUGGCGGUCGGGGGGUGGUGGGGAGGGCUGCGAGGAGGUGGGCGUCACGGGGGACUCGGCCUGGGCCCUGGGGACGGAGGAGAAAGCACCGGAGGCGGGGCAAGGGGAGGCAGCCCCAUCCUCACUGCCAGGGGCUGUCUGUCUCUCCAGAUCCAGGCUUUUGAUCCAGAGCUCUGGGUGUGGGGAAGAGACCGCACCCUCCUGCCCUAGAGGCCCCGGGACCUCGCAGGCCUGAGGUCAUCGGCCUGCCCGAAGGUAGGUCUGCGGGCG